AGAGCGGAGGACGGCAUCGACAACAAUGCGACUUCUGAAGGCGUUCCGAGUCGAGAGACGUCAGAGGAGUCAGAGGUCGAGGGACCCUGAGCCCAGGGAGGUGAGAUCGUCUCGGGGAGGACGGAAGGCCCUAGCCAGGAGAGAGGAGGAGCCGGAGCGAGAGCCAGAGGUUGAAGAGCGAGGGGCAUACCCUGAGUGUGGGUUGGGACCAGUGGAGUUCCAUCGUUUUACUGAGGGUGGAUUGAGGAGGUCACCAGCACACACACGGGAGGAGCCGCCAGUGUCUGAAGGGUCGUUGAGAGAGUUAGAGACGCAUCUGGAUAUCUCUCAGUGGAGAGCGUCGCCUCAGGAUGAGAAGCAUGAGGAGCAAGUAGAAGGGGUGCCACGAGAGGAGGUACCACAAGAGGAGGUGCCACGAGAGGAGGUGCCACGUGAGGAGGUGCCACAAGAGGAGGCGCAAGGUACUCAGCAAGAGAGCAGGCUAGGCGACAUGGGGAGACGUGCAGGGAAGGAAGUGAUAGAGGUUGGAGAGGACACACCCCCACAGGCGCCAGCAAUGGGUUUGAGACUCGGGGAUGCACCAGGGAGCGCUCGUCAUGCAGAGGAGAGAUUGCGGAGAGAGGAGGCCCCACUUCCUUCAUCAGAGAAGGCUCCAUCGCCAGAGGGGAGAGCCGGCAGGAGGAUUGAAAGGGCAGUUGUAAGGAGGGAAGCCUUGACCCUGAUUGAUAGGCACCUAGCAGCUUAUGCCCUAGAGCAUCCAGACCUGGAGGAGCCAGCACCUGCAGAGCCGCACCGGGAGCCGUACSAACCCGAGAAGGAGAUGGAAGCAGAAAUCCCGAAGAGGGUCGACCUCCGCACGAGGGAAAGGGCGCCAGCUGGAGAGACGGCUGAAGAGAAGAGGGCGAGAAGAACUAGACGGAUAGAUGAGAUAUGGCAGGAGAGGCAGAGGUUGGAGGCAGCGGGGGAGCUCCCGGAGCAGCAACAGGAGAGGCAGAGAUCGGAGGCAGCGGAAGCACUUCCAGGUCAGCCACCCAACGCGCCAGCCAGGGCCCCGGAGAUUCCUGAGAUGUGGAGAGACUUCUGGGAGCAGAGAGGAGAGGAACUUCCAUCGCUAGUCAGAGUCGGGUUUGGGGUGGCCAGGAAGGCGGAAGAGAGGAGGAAGAUGAAGGAAGCAAGCCAUGGAGUACGCCUGGAGGCUAUGGAGAUGGAAAUUCAGGAACUCAGGGCCUUGGUGGCCAGCCAGGCAGCUAUCAUCGAGAGCCUGAGGCAGCAAACCCAGACAAGCGUGGACAAGCCAGAGAGGAACAGGCAGGGAGAGCAGAGGCAGCCAAGACAGGGAUUGCCAGGACAGCCAUCUGCAGCAGAGCCUCGCCAGGAACCACCUAUGGGGAGAGUUAUACUGGAGCCAGAGGAGGCGAGAGCCCAAAGACAGGCAGAGAGAGAGGCGUUCGAGUUUAGAGCCCCUACUGAGCUCGCGACGCUGCCAGUGGUGGCGGCAGGCCCAAUCGUACCUUUGGCAGUAGAGGAGGGGCUGCCACCAUCUAGCAGUGAGCCGGCUCAGGGCUCAGUAGAGGGAUCCAUGAGCGUGCUCCUUGAGGCGGUGCAUACUAUGCAGGAGGAGGUGAGUUUGUUUUCACCUGAGCAGAGGAUAGAGGAGCUUCUUGAGAGAGAGAUAGAGAUUGAGGCGGAGAGUGCCAUCGAGAGCAGGUUCCAGAGGAUGAGCACACCUGAGUAUGGACCAGGAGAUUGAGGAGCAGCCCAUGGCAGUGCCAGGAGAGACACUCGAGAGGAGACCUCAGAGGUUGGACACGCCUGAGUACGUCCCAAUGACARG